GCUGCCAUCCAAGGAUUCCUGGUCUCUGUGCAUGUGAGGUGAGAAGGUGGACAGCACCCCUAAGCCAGCAGCAUGGAUUUUGUUAUGAAACAAGCUCUAGGAGGGGCUACCAAAGACAUGGGGAAGAUGCUGGGUGGGGAUGAGGAGAAAGACCCAGAUGCUGCCAAGAAAGAAGAGGAACGACAGGAAGCCCUCAGGCAAGAAGAGGAAGAGAGGAAAGCCAAAUAUGCCAAAAUGGAGGCUGAAAGAGAAGUUAUGAGACAAGGGAUUCGAGACAAGUAUGGGAUAAAGAAGAAGGAAGAAAAGGAAGCAGAGGCCCAGGCCGCACUGGAAGCUAAUGCUGAAGGGAGUCUGACGCGCCCAAAGAAGGCAAUCCCUCCUGGCUGUGGGGAUGAAGAGGAGGAGGAAGAAGAGAGCAUUCUAGACACAGUCAUCAAAUACUUACCAGGGCCUCUGCAGGACAUGUUCAAGAAGUAA